AUGUCGUCCGCUAUACUUCAACCGCCUUUCAAAGUUAAAGCACAUUAUUCGUGGUCUGGAGAAACCCGUGGUGACCUCGGAUUUCUCGAAAAUGACAUUAUACAGGUCACUAAAAUCAAGGGCGACUGGUUCUACGGCACACUGCUGAGAAACUCGAGAAAAUACGGCUACUUUCCAAACAACUUCGUCACGGUCAUCGAAGAAAAAUACAACGAGUUCAAACGUUCUAUCGUCCCAGAAACCAAAAACUCAGUACUGCUGCCAUCAGCUGCCAGACAGAGCCUGCCAACCCCCAGUCGCAAUGCGGAUGCGCCCGUUUUUAGCAUCGAAAAUAGAACCAUGCGCAGGGAAAAAGGGCCUUCCAAAACUCGCUCUUAUAGACACACACACACCGAACGACUGCCCCAGUCGUACUCCGCUUCCAAUCUUGUCUCGCAAAAUCAAGGCACCCCGUCAUUGAACCAUGCUCGGACGUGGCAAGUCUCAACCGCCAGCGACGACCACAAGCGAGACGCUGUUUUCAGAUCCUAUGGGAAAAAACUCAAUGAGUUACCGCCCUUGCCGCCUAUUCCGCAGCUGAAAGAACGGUUGGUAGCAAAAAAGUCUCAGGUUCCUAAAUCGUUUUCCUCAAACGAUAUAUUAGAGGCAGCAGCAACAAACACUGGGCUAGACGCGCGAGUGUCGUACCAGCGAGCUAGCGCAGAUUUCUACGACGGAUACAGCCCGCGAGAUCUUUCUUCCGGUGCCUGUUCUAAUGUCUUUUCGCAUUCUCAGUAUAUGACAGAAUCGAGCACCAGCAGCGCCGAUAGCCUCGCUCUGAUGAGCGAUUUCAGCGCAACAAGUGCGGGUAGUUUUGCGAGGCACAGAUUUGCCAAGUCUUUUGACGACUCCAUGCAACGCUCUCAAAUAGCUGUCGAAGAGGGCCUAAUUAGAUCUAAGAACGGGUCUGCCAGCCCCCAAAAACUCAAUAACAUCUUCAAAAAACUUGUUAUCAAGGGUACUGAUGUGUCUCCGAGCUCGCCUACAGGAUCGUUUCCCAAGCUACCGGAUCUAGCCUCGCUACAACUGGACACAUCACACGAUGACGCUCAUGGAUGGGUCGAGGCCAAAGCUCAUCUACACAGGGCUCAAACGUUGAACUCGAAGGAGCGCCAUGACAGACAGAUGCUUGCCCUCGAAGAGAAUCGAGACCUUGUCUUACAUCCCCAGGAAUACAUUUUAGAUGAAAUCAAUACCAAUGAAGUCAGACACAGGAGACAACCAGGUCUAGUUGAUAUUGAGUUGAAUUGCAUCAACAAAGAAUAUAUUGCUGACUCGAUCAAGAGCAAAGCUAAAAAAGGCGGUACAUCGUCAAUUGAAUCAUUUGCACGCCAGAUUUUUACAUCCGCAUACAAAAGUCAGAUUGAAAUUCUGUUUGCCAUCUUCAUCUUCUGCACAGAAACAUUCGCUCUCGUAGAUGAUCAUGGUCAAACAGAUUUUGGCAAGGAGCCUGUGAAUUUGAGCAAAACUCUUCACAAGUCCUACUGCACGCCAUAUGAAUCGACGUGGAUUUUCAAGCGUAUGGCCAACUCCCUUGGCAUUGUAUGUGAGAUCGUGAUAGGCUUUUUGAAAACGCCAGGAGCCAACAACAUGGAUUUCAAAUACAACCACUGCUGGCUCCGAGUGCUGGCAAACGAAGAAUGGCGCAUGGUGGACGUCAUUCUGGGGAACCAGACGAAUCCUAUCCACGAAUACAUCGACAACUGUAAAGCAGAUCACGCCGACGCUUUUUACUUUCUGAUACAACCCCUUCAUUGCAUAUACACACAUGUUCCUCGACUCUACCAAGAACAGCACAUCAUUCCGAUCGUCGACCAAACCAUUGCUUUGAGUCUCCCGAUUGUAUUUCCGUCGUUCUUCCAUAAUGAGCUGAAACUCUAUAAAUUCAGCAAUGGUCUGGCUAAACUGCACGAUAACCAGAUUUACGAAUGUACCAUAUCCAUCCCCAACGACGUGGAGCUAUUUUCCUCGGUUGUAGUCGACAGUCCAAGUAAGCAGCAGCAUUAUGAGAACAUGGAUCUGUCGCUUGUACAGAUCAAGCACCGCAAGAAGGAAAGACUAGCCGUAGUAAAGGCCGUUCUACCACCAGGCACGUCUCGCGGUGUAAUACACAUACAUUCUGGCAUCAAGGGCACCCAGACGACACUCGCCAAUGUCCAUCCCCUCUCGCUCAUAAUUCCCUUGGAACACGUUGGCACUGCCAAAAACUACGAAUUCGUCACUCGCGUGCCUUCAAAUGGUGUGCAGAAAGUUGACAUGUACAUCAGGGUUCCACAAAACAAGUAUCUGUUUGCAAAGAACGAGUACAAUUUCGAAGUUAUACAGCAUCCAUGCGACGGUGUCAUUUACGGCACGCCAGCAGUUGGCAAAUUGUCCAAGCACGCACUGGCAGUGCAAGCUCCUUCCGGGAAACUGCAUUUAAUGCACAAAAACGAUCCCAAUUUCGAGUUUGGGACCUGGGAGACCUCAAUUGCUGGUAAAGCCAUGGAGCCUGGCAUUUGGACCGGUUUAGUCAAAUCAGACGCUGGCGCGGGCUGGUGUUCCUUCGCGGAAUGGAAAUGCAUAUAA